AUGCAUUCGCAGAACACAAACAAGUUGUCUCCGCCCACCACGAAGCCACCACUGGGUCCACCCAAGUUUGGUAUGCCUACUUCAUUAUGGGCCAAGUUCGAACACUUGUUUUCACCAGAGCUAGGACUUGCCAAAGGUGUCCAGCAUCGGGUCAAGCUCAAACAGUCGGUAGCUCCUGUCACGCAGAAGCUCAGACGCCUACCACUUUCAGUGCGAGAAGCAGUCAGCGACGAACUGAGGAACCUACUUUCUGCUGAUGUCAUUGAAUGCGUAAAUGCGUCAGAGUGGGUUUCCCCUAUUGUUGCAGCUCGCAAGAAAGAUGGCAGCAUUCGCAUCUGCGUGGACCUCCGCGAAGCUAACAAAGCUGUGGUGGUCGACAGCUUUCCCCUGCCACACACAGAAGAGUUGCUGCAUGCCCUGAACGGUGCCCGUUACUUUUCUAAGUUGGAUUUGGCCUCCGCAUACUACCAGGUUCUGCUUCAUCCAGACAGUAGAGAUAUUACAGCGUUCAUAACGCACGAUGGCCUUUUUCGAUUUAAGAGAGUAUGUUUCGGCCUAGCCUCAGCACCAGCAGCAUUCCAGCAACUCAUGACGUCAAUUCUACAGGGAUGCAAAGGCGUUCUCUGCUACCUGGACGACGUCAUCAUCUUCGGCAAGUCGGAGAAAGAGCACAUGCGGAACUUAGAGGAAGUCCUGCAACGAAUUUCACACGCUGGGCUCAAGCUAAAUGACAAAUGUGUUUUCAACACAUCCGAACUCUCGUUUCUUGGUCACCGCGUUAGCGCCGAAGGAGUAGCACCCCUUCAGACCAAAGUUGACGCCAUUGUUCACGCUGCCACCCCUACAGAUGCUGGCAAGCUCCGGUCGUUCCUGGGACUAGUAGAAUACUAUGCUAGAUUUGUUCCACGCCUAGCAGAGGAAGUGGAGCCCAUGCGCAGACUUCUUCGUAAGGACACUCCUUUUAUCUGGGACACUGCUGCUGAGAACAGUCUUACAAGAGUAAAGAACCUCCUAGCCUCCCACAGGGUACUACAAAUGUUCGAUCCAGCACUUCCCGUCAUUGUGGCCACCGAUGCAUCCGCAUAUGGUUUAGGUGCGGUACUGCAACAAGUUGAUGGUCGGCACAUUCGAACUGUGGCAUUCGCGUCACGAACAUUGACGGAAGCAGAACGGAAGUACUCGACUGGUGAACGUGAGGCUCUAGCUUGCUUGUGGGCUCUAGAGAAAUGGCAUGUGUACCUAUGGGGUCGUCCAGUUACUCUGCAAACGGAUCACCAAGCUCUAGUAGCCCUGCUUUCUUCUCAAGGCACAGGACAGCGACCACUCCGCAUAGCAAGAUGGACUGCACGGUUACUGCGGUACAACUUCACGAUGCAGUACAGGCGUGGUGAGCACAACAAGGUAGCUGAUGCCUUGUCCCGGCUACCUCUUCCAGACACUGAAGGUGGCCCCGAGUCAGAAGAAGAAAUAGUGUCUCUGGUAAUGUGUGUACAUCACGAUGAACUGAAGCAUGCAACCGCGGAGGAUAGCACUCUCCAAGACGUUGCCCGUUACGUACAGACAUCGUGGCCGCCACGCAAAAACCUGGCACUUAACCUGACUCCCUACUAUGAAGUCCGAAAGGAGUUGACAGUGGUUGAUGGCAUACUCUUGCGUACUGAGCGCAUCGUAGUCCCCGCCAAGCUCACAGCCACUUUUGUCCAGCUGGCUCACGAAUCACACCCUGGUAUCGUGAAAACCAAACAACGCCUACGAGAGAAGUAUUGGUGGCCAGGGUUAGACAAACACGUUGAAACAACUAUCCGCAGUUGUGCCAUUUGUCAGAGCGCGGACAAAAGUGCCAAGAACUCGCCCACACCACUGCAGCCAAUCCCUCUUCCUGACAAACCUUGGGACAAGAUAGCUAUUGACAUUGUUGGUCCCUUCGAGCGUGCACCUACAGACUGCAGAUUCGUCAUUUCAGUAGUUGACUAUUUCUCAAAAUGGCCAGAAGUGGCUUUUUGUGCUGAUGUUACCUCCCGCACGGUGACGAAGUUUCUACUCUCACUCUUCGCACGUGAGGGUUACCCGACAGAGAUAGUGUCUGACCACGGCAGACAGUUCACAUCGAGGGAAUUUGAAUCCUUCCUUGAAGACCGUGGAAUCAGGCACAUCUUUUCUGCCGUAUACCACCCACAGGCAAAUGGUCUAGUGGAAAGAUUUAAUCGGGUACUGAAGUCGUACAUUCAACUGGCCCUGCUGGAGCAGCGCCCAGUGAAGGCAACUGUGACUGAAUACUUGGGAGUAUACAGAGCCACCCCUCACAGCACCACCGGUCUCUCACCGGCCGUUCUUCUACAUGGCCGACACAUGAGAACAUCGCUGGAUGUAAUUGGUCAGCCUACGGCCGACUUCAGCACAAAUCCAUCGCGGGAGAUGAGCGUGCUCAGGAAAAGAGUCGCAGAGCAUCAACGGAAGAGCAAGGCCUACGCUGAUCAACGGCGAGCUGCUAGGGUCCCCAAGUUCCAAGUGGGCACCUACGUACGAGUGAAAAAACCAAUUCCCGGACCAAAGGGCACUCCAAGUUAUGGACCACCAUUGAAAAUCCUCAAAAGAAUCGGCCGCUGGUCUUUCUGUCUGGAAGACGGUCGAACCUGGAACGCUUCGCAGCUGUCAGCGGUACCAAAAGAGGCAUCGCCAGAGCAAGGAACUAACAUAGACAUCUCUGGCGCGCACGACAUGCCCCCGUUGACAGACUGUCACAGGAGAGAUGUACCAUCGAAGACUUGGAUCACUACGCCUGCUGGUCCGCAUCAAACGCAGGAAGCGAGUUCCGCUGAUCAACUUGCGUCUCCCUCACGCCCUGUACCACUACCCGUGCCGCCGAGCCCACCACAGCCGCAAGGUUCGCAACCGCAUACCCUGGCUUCAGGCUCUCGCACGGUGGAGUGCAGUGUACCGGUAGAAGGCAAUGGACUCGAUGCCGAGCCACCGCCUGACCGGCCAAGGAGAAAUCGCAGACCUCCAGUGCGCUUCCAAGAUUACGUGCAGUGA